AUGCUAUUAAAGACCUGUGUACUUCUUCCACCUUCACUCCACUUCAGAUGCUCUUAUUUGCUCUCACUUUCUCUUUCUGUCCACAGUUACCCGGCAGUGUGUGAGUUCCUACAGACCAACAACCUGCUGUCAAUCAUCAGAGCGCAUGAAGCACAGGAUGCUGGGUAUCGUAUGUACAGGAAGAGUCAGACUACAGGUUUCCCCGCUCUCAUCACAAUCUUCUCUGCUCCAAACUACCUGGAUGUCUACAACAACAAAGCGGCGGUGCUGAAGUAUGAGAACAACGUGAUGAACAUCCGUCAGUUCAACUGCUCUCCUCACCCCUACUGGCUGCCCAACUUCAUGGACGUCUUCACCUGGUCGCUGCCUUUCGUGGGAGAGAAGGUGACUGAAAUGCUGGUCAACGUCCUAAGUAUCUGCUCCGACGACGAACUCAUGAACGACGGAGAGGAGAUCUUCGAUGCCAGUGCAGCAGCAGCCAGGAAAGAGGUGAUCAAAAACAAGAUCCGAGCCAUCGGGAAGAUGGCUAAAAUGUUCUCUGUUCUACGGGAGGAGAGUGAGAACGUGUUGACCCUGAAGGGACUGACUCCUACAGGCAUGCUGCCCAGCGGCGUGCUCUCUGGGGGAAAACAAACCCUGCAGAGCGCUACCAUUGAGGCCAUUGAAGCCAUCGAGACAGUUAAGGACGCUGAAGCCAUCCGAGGCUUCUCUCCGCAGCACCGGAUCAAAAGCUUCGAGGAGGCCAAAGGUCUGGAUCGGAUCAACGAGAGGAUGCCUCCGCGCCGCGAAGCCGUCAACAGCGUGGGGCUGUCGAUGGGCCGCAUGAACAUUGGAGAGCCCAACGGGACCGACAGCAACAGCAAUAUACAGUGAUGGACACACUCUCCCACAGACACACACCUGCAGAUACAACACCUCUGAUAUGGUACCCAAUUUACAGAUACGUGCACAUAAGCAUAUAUAAAAAAGCACCACACACACAGUAUAACAUAUAGACAGAUAACACACACACACGAUUAACUACCCUAUUCCCGUUGCCCUCAGCUGUAUCUAAAGGCAUGGUUGAUCCGGACUUUACCACCAAAAGGCAGUGUCUCUUCACCGGACUGAUCGGCCCUAUUUAAAGAACUACAACUCCCAUGUACCUGCACAACAACAAUGAAAGGAACUACAAAACACUCCCCGUGCGGAACAGGAGGAGCUGCUGUGCACCGUGUACGUUGGUGACCACCGACGGAUCGACAGUGUCAGCAUGACGUAGCUGUGGUGUGUGUGUUGUGUCAGGAGUGUUUGCACGCGGAGGAGGGUAAUCAAGGGAUGGGGCGCUUAUGGCGCAUUUCCACUGCAGUGCGGAGCGUGGUUUAAGCGUGCCGUGCCCGGCUCGUUUUUGGUUGCGUUUCCACUAGGCGUAGUUCCGGUUAGCGGGUACUUUUUCACAGUUUUUCUGGCUCACCAAAAUCGAGGUUCUUUCCGGGCCAACAACCGGGCUGAGUAUGCUAAACUAGUGAGAGAAUCGCUGGCAACUACAACAAAAUGAACAUAUUUUACCGUGGCUUAAUUGUAA